AUGGGUUUUGAUUUUGACGCUGUGGAGGAAGAAGACUCGCCGUACCCCGAAGUCCGCGCGUCGGUAUCUAAUGUCGACGACCCAGAGAUGCCUGCGCUAACGUUCCGGAUGUGGAUUAUCGGUCUCGUGCUAUGCAUGAUCGGUUCUGCUCUGAAUGUCUUCUUUAACUUCCGUCAACCCGCGCCUCAGGUCAUCCCAUUAGUACUCGUUCUCGUAUCUUAUCCUAUCGGGAAACUCUGUGCCUUUUCUUUUCCCAUCAAAACCUUCCGGGCACAUUUACCUAUUCCGUGGCCGACUCGCUUUGGUGGGCAAGGCUGGAAGGGUUUUGAUUGGACCUUUUCACUGAACCCUGGUCCAUGGAACAUCAAGGAGCAUGUCCUCGUCUACAUCAUGGCGAACGUCGCCGUCGGGAACCCCUACGCACUCAAUGCUAUUGUUGUCGCCGAGAUCUUCUACAACAUCAAGCUUGGUUUCUGGUUUAACCUUGUCCUUACUCUUGCAACACAGCUGACAGGUUUUGGUUUGGCCGGUUUAUGUCGACGUUUCUUGGUUUGGCCCGCGAGCAUGGUCUGGCCGCAAAACUUGGUUGCGUGUACCUUAUUGAAUACCUUACAUGCGGAGGACGAUGCAGAGAGCAACGGCCUUUCGCGAUAUCGAUACUACUUGUUGGCGUCGGCCGCUGCGUUCGCGUUUUUCUUCCUCCCAGGUUUCAUGUUCAUGGGAUUGAGCGUGUUCAGCUGGAUAUGUUGGAUCGUACCUAAUAAUGUACCAGUGAACCAGCUAUUCGGCAUUCAAAGUGGGCUUGGGAUGAGUAUAUUAACGUUUGACUGGACGCAAAUUUCUUGGAUCGGAAGUCCGUUGAUGGUUCCGUGGUGGGCGGAAUGUCACGUCUUUGCUGGAUUCGUACUGUUCUUCUGGAUCUUGACACCGAUUCUUUACUACACCAACGUGUGGGACCUUUCAUACUUCCCGAUAUCCGCUAAUGAACCAUACGAUCGCUUCGGUGCUUCGUACAACAUCAGUCGGAUCAUGACGGCUGACAACCAGUUCAACGUGACGGCGUACGAUGAGUACUCGCCUCUGUACCUUCCCGCAACGUAUGCGAUGACGUACUUGUUGGCGUUUACGCUGUCGACUUGUGUCAUCGUGCAUACAGUGUUGUACCAUGGGCGAUCGCUACUCAAUGGCGUGAAGAACGUGAAGAUCGAGAAAGAUGAUAUCCAUGCGAAGCUUAUGCGUAACUACCCGGAGGUGCCUGACUGGUGGUAUGCGUUUGCGUUCGUGUUUUUCUUUGGGAUGGCGAUUAUCUCUGCGGAGGUGUGGCAUACAGGGAUACCAGUGUGGGCGCUACUCAUCAGCGUGCUGCUUCCUGUCGUAUACGUUCUUCCGAGUGGUUUCAUCUUCGCUAUGACCGGGCAAGGAAUUACGUUGAACCUGUUGGCACAAAUUAUCCCUGCGGUAUUACUUCCGGGUAAUCCGCUGGCGAACAUGGUUUUCAAAGCCUACUCUGUACAGACACUCACGGAGGCAACGAUGUUUGUUCAGGAUCUGAAGUUAGGUCAUUACAUCAAGGUUCCUCCUAGAGCUACUUUCUUGGUUCAAUCUACUGCUACGAUCUUGGCUGCUUUCGUACAAGUCGGUGUGAAGGAAUGGAUGUUCGCGAAUGUUAAAGACAUUUGCUCAGAUAAUCAGAAGAGCAGUUUAACUUGCCCGCACAACCAGGUUUUCUUCACUGCCUCCGCAGUCUGGGGUCUCAUCGGUCCCAAAAGACAAUUCGGCACAAACUCAAUCUACCACCCCCAACUCUACGCAAUGAUCAUCGGUGCCUUCCUCCCCCUACCAUUCUGGCUAUGGCAACGCCGUCGUCCCAAUUCUUGGCUCAAAUACGUCUCUACUCCCAUAGUAUUGAAUGGAGUCUCCUUCAUCCCUCCAGCGACGGGGAUAAAUUACAGCAGUUGGUUCUUCUUUGGGUUUAUUUUCCAGUAUUUGAUUCGGAGGAGGAACUUUGGGUGGUGGAGUAAGUUUAAUUAUGUGACGAGUGCUGCUAUGGAUAGUGGGACGGUGUUGAGUUUGAUUACGAUUUUCUUUACGCUGCAAUUCCCGAAGGGUGGAGGUAUUAAUUUGAAUUGGUGGGGUAAUUCGGUGUUCUUAAACACCGCUGACUUUAAACGGACUCCUUUCCGGAUGACGCCCCCUGAUGGGCUGAGUCGAUGA